CCGCCAUUACCUACUCGAUACUACCCACAGGAAGAAGGAGAGUGGCAGUCCCUCGGAGAUACUUAUAGGAUCGAAGAUAUAAAAGAAGACCGUUGUCGUCCACCCUAUCUUGCUACAUAUAUCCCCGCGUCGUAGCUAUCUCUUAUAUCUCUCCUAUACCUAUUGAUACCCAGCUUCAUAAUACUCCCGUCCCCACUACCGCUACUAUCACCCUCACCAUGGCCAUCGCCGCACCCAUCUCGCCCGAGCACAUCGCCAUCGUCAAGGCGACGGCGCCGGUGCUCAAGGAGCACGGCGUGACGAUAACGUCGCUGUUCUACAAGAACAUGAUCGGAGCGCACCCGGAGCUCAAGAACAUCUUCAGCCUGUCGAACCAGGCGAGCGGAGACCAGCCCCGCGCGCUGGCCGCCGCCGUCCUCGCCUACGCGACCUACGUCGACGACCUCGGCAAGCUCGGCCACCUCGUCGAGCGCAUCGCCCACAAGCACGAGAGCCUCAACGUGCAGCCGGACCAGUACCAGAUCGUCGGCAAGCACCUCAUCGAGGCCGUCGCCACCGUGCUCGGCGACGCCUGCACGCCCGACAUCGCCGAGGCCUGGACCGCCGCGUACGCCGCGCUGGCCUACAUCUUCAUCGGCCGGGAGCGGCAGCUGUACGCGGCGCACGGGGACUGGCCGGGGUGGCGGCGCUUCCGCAUCGCGCGCAAGGAGCCGGAGACGGCGGCGAUCACGAGCUUCUACCUGGAGCCGGAGGACGGGGCGGCGCUGCCGGCCUUCCUGCCGGGGCAGUACGUCAGCAUCCAGCUGUUCGUGCCGCAGCUCGGGCACAUGCAGCCGCGGCAGUACAGCCUCAGCGAGGCGCCGCGCCCGGACUACUACCGCAUCAGCGUCAAGCGCGAGGACGGCGCCGGCGCCGGCCUGCCCGGCCUCAUCUCCAACAUCCUGCACGCCGACUACCACGUCGGCGACACGCUCGAGCUCUCGGCGCCCGCCGGCGAGUUCUUCAUCGACCCCAACGCCGACGCCGAGCAGCCCGUCGUGCUCAUCUCCGCGGGCGUCGGCCUGACGCCCAUGAUCUCGAUCGUCAACAGCGCGACCGCGGCGGCCGCGGCGGGCGGCCCGAAGCGUCGCAUCUCGUGGAUCCACGGGGCGCACACGGCGGCGGCGCGCGCGUUCGCGGGCCGCGUGCGGGAGGCGGCGGCGCAGGGCACGCUGCUGAACACGACGCUGUUCGUGACGGAGCCGGCGGCGGGCGACGCGCAGGGCGCCGAGUACGACGUCGCGGGGCGCAUCGACCUGGCCAAGGUGGACCGCGAGGCGGCGCUGUUCCUGGGCGACGCGCGCGCCGAGUACUACGUCUGCGGGCCGUACGCCUUCAUGAAGGACGUCGAGGCCUGGCUGGUCCGCGCCGGCGUCGCCGAGGACCGCGUCCACCUCGAGGUCUUCGGCACCGGCGACCAGUAAGCGCGUUCGUCUCGCGGGCGGAGCAGGGCAGGAAUUUUCGGACUCUGGCUUAAAGUCUGGCGGAGCCCGCUGGUUAGCGAAAGGACUAUUUGCGGCGACGGAGCGGAAGCGCGAGGUUCGUGAAGAAGAGGAAGAGAAAUAAUCUGCGUGCCUGAGUGUGGGAAGGAGAGGGAAGGGAAGGAAAUGCAAGGAACGUCCUGUGGGAGGCGCCGCCUCAGGGGUAAACCUCGCGGUAUUUGCUUUUUUUUAAUGUAUAUGUUGUAUAUCUAGCGGCUCAUGCGAUCCGGAGUUCCUCGGAAAGGGGCGAGGCGGGGGGCCAAACCAGACUAGGUCAGGGAUUUCAAGUAUCGGGAUUUUUUACACGUGGGAUAUUAAACAUACUGCAUUCCCCUCCUAUAGCAUACCUAUCGAUUCAUUCAUCCAG